GGAGAGAUUUGCCCGACCACAUUGGGAGUAACGACUCAACGAUUUCCCUCCACCGGGAAAUCGUGCAUGGUUUACCGCGGACCUGAAGGAGGAGAUUUUCAAACUACGACGGGAGAUGGACAAAGUAUUGCAGAUUAUAGAGCAACUCACCAUGAAGUCGGCAGAUAAGAAAGCAGUGGCAGCCGAGAAGAGCGAUGGUGGCACGAAGAGGUCAGAAGGAACAUCUAAAGAACCAAAGUCGAAGAAUCCAGUCACCGCAUCAGAACUCAAGUCUAUCCUGGACAGAGCACUAAGGACUGACUCGCCAAGUAAGAAGGAGGCGGAGAAAGCGCAAGGUAUGAACAUGCAAGCUGGCAGUAGCGGCGCAGGACAUAAGGCAACUGAAGAUGAAGGCAAAGUGGAGAAAAUGGUGUCGGAAGUACGGAGGGACGUGAACGAUCUCAAGCUCCUCAAGUACGAUCUUGCAACAAUUAAGGGAGCAUUGCAGAAGAUUAAUGAGCCAACAUGGACGUGCACACCGAUUGUUUCAUCAUCCGUGCAUCCAUAUCAAUAUCCUAGUACAAUUUCUGGACUGUCGGCCUCAGUACACAUCAACCGCAGCGCCCCAAGCUGCAGUCGACCAAGCCAUAGCAUUCCAAGCCGGAGCAGAAUGGGCCAACCAAUUCCGCCACAUCCCAAGAGGGGAAGAACGAAGAUGAGACGACGAACAUCAGCGAUUAAGAUGAAGGCGAAGCGCAGCAUCAAUUUCGGCCACGAAUCGUUAACAGAUGCGCAACUCCUUCGCCUACAUCAUCUGAAGGAUUUGUGUAAGAUACACAAUAUCAGAUAUAAAGACAAACCACAAGCGAUAUCUGAUCUGCGCAGAGUACCAGGACUGAUUCAAGACAACAGACGCGAUUUUAAUCGUGACUCAGACCUCGAGACGCAGAUCAUUCCUAACCCUGACAAUAUCAGGAUCGAAAACAACAUUAGGAACGAGGCAUCCAGCUAUGAAGAAACAGAUGAGCAGGAGGACAACUCCGAAUCAAGUGAUGAUGAUGAAGAUGAAGAUGGUGACUCAUCGGAUAUGUCUUCAAGCAAGGAAGACCUAUCGGGAAGGUGAACGAGCCACCGCCGGCGGAUGGACUCACCAAGGCACAGAAAUGGGAACAGAUACACAAGCUAGCAACAACGAUAGAACGACUAGUAAGUACGGGUAAGAUAAGUGAAUGUCACUCUUAUAACAGACGCUACAGACUGUUGUUCAUUUCACUUGCAUUGGAUGGAAACAUCCCAUGGGCAGACCCUCUAGUCGAUCUAUGGACUGCUCAGUAUCAGAUAGUGGAUUCCUUACGGACUGCUAGUUAUAG